CGCAUGCGGUUCCCUCGAAGGGUAAAAGGGGGGGUUUUUAUAUAUAUUAUUUAUUAAGGUUUUUUUUUGGUUACAUUUUUUUUUCUUUCCUACCUUUUUUUUUUACUAAUGUAGUAGUUUCCGCUGUCUUCAUAUGUCGAGCUGUUCGAUUAGACUUGCCCUGUCUUAUCUACCUACCUACCUACCUACCUACCUACCUACCUACCUACCUACCUACCUACUUUUGCUUUUAAUUCUGGAAUACAGAAGAAGAAGAACACGGAAGAAGAAGAAGAGGAGGAGGAUAUGUAUAUGUAUAGAUAGAUAGUGAAUGGGAUGAAGAAUGUUAAGAUUGUUUCACA